GUAUUGAUCGCGGCUAAGCAGCUGUACUCUCGGGCUGGCAGUAACGUUGGGGCGGCCGUACGGAAAACACACGUGUUACACGGUCUCGCGAUGAAAACGUCGGUGUCGUGAAAACUACUUUCGAGGGAAAGUGCAAAGCCCUUUCGCUUUGACCCGAUCUAACAACCGAUUCUUCCCACGUUCGAUGUGCGCAUGCCUUCGUUUAAAAGCGAUUUUUAUUUUUUUCCCCGAAUAUCGAACGAGCAGAGAUAUGCCACGUUUAUAAGUUUAGUCGGCGAUUAAUCGCGAUUAAUCGUAAAUAAUCGAAAACAAAGUGAAUUGUUUAUGCGCCGACCGCGCGUUUUCUUUUCACAUCGUGUACGCGGGGUGUAAAUUUCUUCUCCAAGUUUUGUUAUUUGUCAAAGUGUGCGAUGAUGUUACACGUGAGGACAGAAUUUUAGCGAAGAUGAGGAUCAGGAUGAGAUGUAGUUCAUCUCGUAUGCUGAAUUGUUUUUGAUCAGGAAAUGAACGAUGGAUCGAUCGAUCGGAAUAUAUGAAACGAUGGGACGAGAUAAAAAGGUUGCAAAGGUUGUAAAGAUCAAUUGGUUCAAUACGUAAUGAAUUCAUAAAAGAUUGUUGGAAAUAUGAAGAAGAAACUAGUAUCCAUCAUUGGAAAAAUGAUUAAAAUCGUCAAUUAAUUUUUCGUCUAUGACGAAUCGACGAUGUGUUUAUUAUUAAUUAUUCGAUCCGUCCGAUGAAGCACUGGCGUGGUUGUUUCGCGUUUCGAAAGAAAAGUGACUCGGUGGAGAGGACAUGUACGCGAGACAGCACAUUGGCUCUGUUUGCGCUUGUUAAUCAGUUCAAUUGAAUAACGUAUUAAUACGUCGGGGUCACCGUAAGAGGUUAAUCGCAAUGUCCACGCCGGACACGAUGGACACCAUCGAUGAAGCGGAGCAGGCGUGGCACGAGAUGUUGGAGUGCGAGACCGGAUCCCUGUUGGGCCGAGUCGCGGAUCUCGAGAGGCAAUCCUUGGCGCAGAGGGACGAGAUAGUUUGUCUUCGCGCUACUCUCGCGGACGCGUUAAGGCGGAUCGCACUGUUGGAAGGACGCGAAAAAAGGGAGGAUGAGAGGAACGAGAGGAGGAACGAGAGGAUGGUGUCCUCGCCCUUAAGGAAUGGACACGUAUCGCUUAGAAGUAAUCAAAAUUCAACACCAGCGAAAGACGUACGUUUACGUCAAACUGGUUGCUUGAGGAAUUCAUCAUCCUCGGGAUCUUCUCAAGACGUUCGAGAUUCGAUUUCCAGUCCACGGAGGCCAGUCAGUUACACUCAUUCGUCCCAACUUCCUCAAAGAAGGUCAGUUCAUUAUCAAUCGACGGGUUCUUUACAUUCGGACAGUCCCAGUAGUAGUAGUGUUUCCCCGGUGCCAUCGCCAAGUCCUAGAGCCACACCACUGCCAGUAGCCAGAUCACCGACAGCAAGAUCAAACGGGCCACCCCAAAGCAGCUUAAGAAGGGCGAAACGGUGGUCGUCCACAGGGGAUUUUACGCAUUCCCCGCAAAAUCAGGGAAGCAAUUCGCAACUCGUUGGUGGCAGAUUGUCAGCCUCCACCAAGUCUCUGUUCAACCUCUUCAAGCCCCCGGCGCUGAACAACGUGAAACAUGGCACGAGAGACAUGCAGUACAACGAGGAGGAGAAUACCGUCCGUAUGUACCUGCGGGGACGACCCGUUGUCCUCUACGUUCCGACGGUUUUGACGGAGUCGUACGACCUUCACAAAGUCAGCACACCGCCCCAGAGCAAAUUGAAACUCGACUGGGUGUACGGUUACCGAGGCAGGGAUUGUCGAAGCAAUUUGCAUCUACUGCCCACCGGUGAAAUCGUUUAUUUCGUCGCAGCUGUGGUGGUGUUGUACAACAUGGAGGAGCACAGCCAGAGGCAUUACCUGGGUCAUACGGACGACAUCAAAUGCAUAGCCAUUCAUCCGAACAAAAUGGUAGUCGCCACUGGUCAAGUAUGUGGGACCGAUAGGCGAGAUGCCAUGCCACAUAUAAGGAUAUGGAAUUCGGUCAGUUUGGCAACUCUUUGCGUGAUUGGUAACGGCGAAUUCGAUGGUUCGAUUUGUUGCCUCUCGUUCUCGAAAGCAGACGGUGGAAAUUACUUGUGUGCGAUCGACGAGACCUCUGAUCACAAUAUCUCGAUCUGGGAUUGGCAGAAAGGAGAACGAGGUACCAAGAUAACUGAAACAAAGUGCUCGGUGGACACGGUGGUAUGCGCGGAGUGGCAUCCUCUGGAACGAAACCAGAUCGUGUCCUGUGGGAAAGGACACCUGUCUUUUUGGUCUCUCGAUAAUGGUGGUAUGUUGUACAAACGGAUGGGGAUUUUCGAAAGCAGAGAAAAACCGAGAUACGUGACCUGUGUGGCGUUUAAUCAAAACGGUGAUGUUCUUACCGGUGAUAGCAACGGUAACAUCAUUGUUUGGGGCAGAGGAACAAACACAAUUUCUAAAAUAGUGAGGAACGUUCACGAAGGAUCGAUAUUUUCAAUUUGUGUUCUAAAAGAUAGUUUUAUCAUCACCGGUGGUGGCAAAGAUGGCAAAAUUUUGUAUUUCGACGAAUCUUUAAAUUUAACAGGAGAAGAAGCACAAAUCGAAGAUCAUUUCGGUGGAAUUCGAACACUCGCGGAAGGUAGGGGUUCGCAAUUGUUGAUAGGAACAACGAGGAACUGCAUUUUGGUCGGUGAUGUGGGAAUGGGAUUCAAUCCAGCCAUGUUAGGUCACGCUGAAGAGGUUUGGGGGCUCGCUGCUCAUCCAACUCUACCUCAAUUUGCAACAGCAGGUCACGACAGAUUAUUACAAAUGUGGGAUAGUCUUAGUCACACUGUUGUUUGGAGUAAAGAUAUUGGGGAGCAAGCACAGAGUAUCGGGUUCUCACCAGAUGGUAAUGUUAUGGUGGUCGGAUGCACUUCCGGAAAAUGGUUAGCAAUCGAUAGUGAAACGCGAGAAUUAUAUACUCACCAUAGUGAUGGUUCAGAACCUAUUCAGGUAAAUUUCACAUAUGAGCAGACAUUUCUGCAUUUAGAAGAUAGAAGCGAGGAAUAUUUUUUUCUAUGUUUAAACGAUGAAAAUUUGUUUCAGGGACAUUCCAGUUUUAUAACUCAUUUGGAUUGGUCAGCAGAUGGUCAAUAUUUACGUAGCAAUAGCGGCGAUUAUGAGGUAUUAUAUUGGAAUCCCGGAGUCUGUCGUCAGAUUCCACAAUCAUCGAUAAUGAGAGACAUGCAAUGGGCAAGUCAUACCUGUGUAAUAUCAUUCGAAACGAUUGGAAUAUGGCCCGAAGGCGCCGAUGGUACAGAUGUAAAUAAUUGCACGAGAAGCAGUGAUUCGAAAUUGCUCGCAACCGGAGAUGAUUUCGGAAAAGUAAAGUUAUUCUCUUAUCCUGCUUGUCAACCAAAGUCUUUAUGCCACGCAUACAGUGGUCAUUCGAGUCACGUUACGAACGUUUCGUUCCUUCAAGACGACACUCGAUUAAUUUCCACCGGCGGAAGUGACACAAGCGUUCUUCAAUGGAUCGUAAACUAUUAACUCUGUUAUAUAAUUGUGUGAUUGAAAAACAAAAUGAAAGAUACAGAAGCGAAGCGUGAUAAAACACGAAGCGGAUGCUUUUCUGAAUUUAAUGGUACACAUACAAUGUUCGUCAAAAGGAAAUAUGCGAUUCUUAUUUUAAUCGAGGCAAGAAUCGAUACGAAUAAACUAAUUAUUAUAUUAUAAGAGAAAUCUUUUGAUUUCUCUUACCGAUUGAAAAGAUACUGAAUGAAGAUGUUAAUGAAAUAUUAGUUGAAAUUUUACCGUUUAAGUGUCCUUUACGAAUUAAAAUGACUGAAUGUCAUGUAAUUUCUUAGAUGUAGAACGAUCUUCGUAAUUUUUGCUUUAAAAAUGAAAAUUAAAAGGAAGAAGAAGAGAAAAUGAGGAAAAUUUAGCCGAUGUGGCGACAGAUAAACUUAUAUUACUUUAACAGCUAAUAAUAACGUAACGAAAGUGUCUUUUACAUAUUUCGCAACUAUUUUUCAAACGUCCAAAUGCUGAAUCUAUAUAUUUCUGUGUUCUUUAUCUAAUUAUCUAAUCACCGACGCACUGUGCUGUUUUUCAACGAAAAAAAAAAAAAAUAAAUAAAAAAAAUAAACUGCACAGCUUUAGAGAAGUAUUUACUUUCGUGUAUAAUUAAUAUCGUAAUAUAAAAAAAUUAGAUUACGAUUGCAUAAAUUGCUCGUAUCUAUAGAAAGAUAAAUGUCAUCUGUGUAGCGUAAUAUGUAAGUAUCUUCUGUUUUUUUUUCUUUCUCCUCUAAUUUUCAAUUCACACUCACAGAUUAAUUUUUCUUCGUGAUACAGAUUAUGUUCAAUUUUGAUUAAAAAUAUAUUUUGUUCUGCUAUAAAUUAAUCGGAAUUGGAUAAUAUUCGUAUACGAGCCUUUAAAAGCCUAUGUUUGAAAUCACGAAAACGGAAAUGGAUCGAAUAUAGAGCAUGUAAUUUGAAAUAGUGAAAUUUAAAGAGAUAAUUAAUAUUAAUUAAAAUGUGAACGAUGUUACAUAUCAACUGAAUAUUUUACGAUUAAUUGCAAAAAACAAUUGAAAUUAUAUUUUAUUUUAUCGGGAAAUUAUAAUGUGUUUAUAUUUGAUCACUGAAUAUUUAUAAAUUGCUAUAUAUUAAUAUUUUUUUUAGAAAUAUAAUAUUUCUACAACGCAGGUUUAAUACUUCUGAUGUAAUACUUCUGAAAAUGUGGAUAAGAAUAUCGUCGAUGAAGAACGAAGGCUAAAGUAUAUUUUAGCUUCCUGAUUUCUUAUUAAGUUACUUAAUAAUCUUUCUUUUUUAAUCUGAUCUUUUCUCAUGUAUCACUUACAUAUAGCUGUAAAUUUGUUUUCACUUAGGGCUAUAUAAUAAAUAUACAAAUUUUCUUUU